AGUUAAAGGAUUCUGAGGGAAGAGUACAUGACUUGAUGGAAGAAAAUGAACAAUUGACACAUGAACACAAUUUCCAGCUUACAACCAUUCGUGAUCUCGAAAAUGAGGUAAAGACUUAAGCCUAAGGCCAAUUUACACCUGACAUCUCUUUUAUGGAUACCUUCCUAGCUAUGUUCACCUCUCCAAUAUGACCACUUCCAUAUUACAGGCUCAGACUUCUCAGGCCUGUUUCAUACUUUCAUACGUCGAAUUUAAUUCAGACGAAUUUAAUUCGUUUUUAAAUUCGCCAAAUGGUCGACACUAAAAUGGUUUCGUUUCAAACGACGAAUCUAAUUCAGACGAAUUCAUUUCAUGUCUAGCGAUCAUGGAUUACCCAGAAGUAAAAACCACGAGACCAGAAAGAGAGAAACAGACUUUAACAUAAUUUAUGCAUUUAAUUCGACACGACGAUAACACGUCGUAUGAAACGAAGACGCGCUACAGACGUUGUAUCCGUCUGACCAUGACGGAUAAAACGUCUUUGACGAAUUUAAUUCAUCAGACGGAUUUAAUUCGUUUCAUACGACGCACUAACGUCGCAUUUAAUUGGUUCUAUUAAAUUCGUCUGAAUUAAAUUCGACGAUAGUGCGACGUAUGAAACGGGCCUCAAAUACGAACGAUUAAAUAGAAGAGAAUUUUGAAAUUAAAAUAACCACUAACCACACAUAAUUUGCUGGCGGAGGUAUUAAAGAGUCUGAGUGCCCGCUAGUUUUAUAAUGUUCAACAUACAGCAUGCAGCAACAAUUAAUUAUUAACAGCACUAAUCUUUGUUGUAAAACUUAUACUCACGUUUUUACUAACUUUAAUAUAGUUAAAGGAUUCUGAGGAAAGAGUACAUGACUUGAUGGAAGAAAAUGAACAAUUGACACAUGAAAACAAUUUCCAGCUUACAACCAUACGUGAUCUCGAAAAUGAGGUAAAGACUUAAGGCCAAUUUACACCAGACAUCUCUUUUGUAAUAAAUUUCCGUUACAAGCUGACCUUUCGAAUACGUUACAAGCUGACUUCUAAAAUAACCACUCGGUCUCGGAAAAUUAAAUGGCGAAUGUUACAUUAAGUUAACCCAAAUGGGAUUAUUUCUAUAAGUUAACCAGAGUAUUUUUAGAGUGUACUGUACGUAUUAAUACUUUAAUGUAUUAGUACUUUCUAAUAUGGAUUUCCUAACUCAGACAGCUCAUUGUCAACAUAAUCACAAAGACCCACAUAAAGUUAAUGUUUAAUUGGUAAAUUAGAGUCUUUAUUUCAAUGAGGGUUGUACGUACAUAGUAGUGCUACAGCACUAAUAAACUAAUCGUGGCCCUCUUAUCUAAAAUAUACAACAAAUAAAUGUUGUAAAAUGUAGCCCUUUUAUCUAAAUUAUACAGUAAAUGGAUAUAAAACGUGCUCAUACAGCAUAUAUGAUUUUUUUAUUGCACUUUUAUUGCAUAAAAAGACAAAUGACCUUCAGACAGAAAAUGAGUCCUUGGUUGGAGUUAUAGAUGAACUUGAAAAUAUGGUAAAGAUUCAGAGUAUUUCAAUGUUAUCUCAACUUAAUUUGCCUAAGUUUCAAUAAUACCUGUUUUUAAUACUUGUGCAGGAUUAUGUCAUUUACUAAAUAUCACGUUUAACUUAGGAGUCUUCAAUUCCCAAGUUAAAUCUGAUAUUUUUACAUGUUUUAUUAUUUUGCAGGAUUAUUUUGCAAAACGUAGACUAUAUAUAGAUGUUACUGUAAAAAAAUGGCAGAGGCCAAAUAUUGAGAUUGUGUAUACACUGCUUUGCAGUGCAGGUUCGAGCAUAAUGGCCAUCAAAAAAUUCAACAAAUUGCCAAAAACCUUUUGUACUUUUUUGUUCUAUUCAAUUUUGUUCUGAUCUAUUCACUAAAAACAUUUUGUGUACUUUGUAUUGUUUUAAAUGGUAACAUAUAGUAAAUCUGAUAUAUAUGCAAUCUUUUGGAACUGUAUUUGACCAAUAUACUCAGUUUUAAGCAAAUGAAUGUAAUUGAUUUAGGUGGAGCAAAGUACAAAUGCUCUUGAAUCAGCAAAAAGGAAAAUCGCGAAUCAACGAAAAAUUCAUGAUAAUAUGAUCAACAGAAGUAAUGAAUUAGAAGACCAGGUACAAUAACGUCAGUUAAUUGCCAUAAAAAAUGUUUGAUAGUGCAUGUUACUGCAGUUAUCUCUGUGGCUGAGGCUCAAUUGCUGUAAUAUGGAGACUUUACUUUAAUGUCAAUCGUAUGUAAGAAGUGUGCUUCUGGCUUUGCUCUAAACACCGUAGAUUUUCUUUGGAUACACCAACAAAAGACGGAUCUAAUUAAUACUGAACCUCUAAAACGAGCAGUUUAGAACUGAUGGAGCCAUUCAUUAUCAUCUGGACUAGUGGGAAAACCAUUUGUAGUACUGGUUUCCUCCUGUAGUAUAACACUGGACUGGAGCCAAUGGGCGCUCUAGCCUUCUAAUCCACAAGACAAGUUUAUUUAUCGCCAUACAAACCUUUAACUGACCUAUACUAAUUUUAUACUAUAUGCACUUAGGUUGAACAACAACAAGAUGCAUUGGAUGCAGUAAACGCUGAACUGGUCAGAGUUAGAGAUGCAGCUAGAACACAAAUAAAUAAUUUACAUUUAUUCAUUGGCGCGCUUCAACACCUGGUUAAUCAGUUUCAAAGGCGAUUGCAGGAUUUUGAAUAUCGUGAACAAAACGAUCUAGCUUUACGCGAUGAACUACUAGAAAUCGUAAGUUUUUGUAUUGAACGAAUUAUUAAUGUUAUACUCCCACGUUUGACAAAUCCCACAGCAAUUAUGUACCAGUCGUGCCUCUUUCGUGUGCAUGGGCUAAUAACUAUGAUUUAUCUUUUACUAUUAGCUUGAUGAUCUACAAGAACAACCAAACGGACCACCAAACGUCCCAAAU